GUGACAGGUGCCUGCAUGUUUGUCCUAACAUGUCUGAGUCAAUUUGAAAGUUCAUGUGGAGUUUUGUGGUGACAUGCUAAUUGCGAGAUACCGAUAUUACUACAUUUUGUAUUUUCAAAUGAGUCCACUUCGAAGACCCAGCUGAGUGUGUUGUAGGGUGGUGUAAACAAUCUCUUCGCCUUAGCAACUGGCACGUUUGCAACAACAACAACAGUUUUGACAGUUCGCAGCUGAGAACUGCUGAAUUCAGAUUUUUUAUUUCAACAGUAAGCAGCAGAAUGUUUCAGGACGAAGAGUUUACAUCAGCCUGUAGAGAGCUAGAAGGACCACAGGUGGAAGGCUGGGAAUUUUUUACCGAGUCCCACGAUGUCACCAUCUAUCGACUGUACAAUGAGGAAUCUGGACUGUAUCAGUAUAAAAUAUAUGGCUCCAUAGAUGUGGAUCCAGACACUUGUGCCAAAGUCUACAUGGAUAUAGACUACAGAAGGCAGUGGGAUAGUUAUGUCAAUGUGCUAAAGGAAGUUGAAAUUGAUGGUGAGACUGCGGUAUAUUGGAAUAUUAACUUUCCAUGGCCUAUGUCCAACAGAGAUUACAUCUACAAACGUGAACUAAGGGAGUUAGACUUCAAUGGGUCAAAAGUGUAUGUAGUUUUGGCCAAAAGUGUAGCCACAGACAAAAUUCCUGAGAAGAGUGGAGUAGUGCGAGUAGAUGAUUACCACCAAAGUGCAGCACUGAAGAGUGAUGGGAAGGGAGGUACAAAAGCCUACAUGAGAUAUUAUGAUAAUCCCAAAGGAAUGAUUCCAACCUGGCUGAUAAACUGGGCGGCUAAAACCGGUGUCCCCCAGUUCCUGGGCACCAUGCAGACGGCAUGUCGAGGCUAUGACAAAUACCUGCAGUCUAGAACACAGUCGUGACACACAGAACUCAGAAAGUUUUCACAUCUCACCCUAAAGUGUUAUUUAUAUCUUUCCAUGUUUAUUGCUAAGGUGGAUGGCACCUAUGUAUGUUGUAAUUGAUUCAUUUUAACUUAUAAUGUCUGGGGGCCUUUUACAACCCUACCCAUUGUAUGUCUGUUACAAAACCUAUCUGACCUCUUGAACCAGUAUCAAACACCUGCAUUUUUAUUUCCCCAGCAUCUCUACUCCAUUUUUUAAUUUCAAGUUGUAUGGCCUGCCUAACACUGGACUCUGGUUUGUGAUGAUAUAAUUUUAUGGUUUUAUCUUCUACAUUCGCUAGUGAUCAUUUCUUAAUCUAUGUGUGUGUCAGCUCCUGUACUGUACUGUAAAACCAACAAUAUUCACAUCUUUUAAAUGACUAUUUUUUACAAGUAUGCAAUAUAAGUGUGAUAAAAGUAACGUUCUGUGGAGUGUCCACUCAUUUAAUGAUUGUGAAAGAGGUACAUGUCCCUGUAUGCUUGUUUUUAGCUUUUUGUUGAUAUAAGUUAUACAUAUCAUUUAUGAUGUUCAAUAUUAUACAUGUACACGCAGGUAUGUAAAAUUAUGUUUGUCUUUUAUUGAUUUAGUGAAUUGAUUUUUCAGGAACGAUGGGAGAUUUAAUUCUCACUGAAUUGUGAGUUUAAUCAUGAGUUCUGUAUCACUUUUUAUCACCCUUUUUUCCUCAUUUGUGAAGCAUUCUAAGGUUAAACGUUAAGAUUGGUAAGUGUGAAAUACACAGUUUGGUGUGAAAGUAUUUCUUGUCAUUUGAGGGCACAUUCUCAUUUGUUCAACACUUUCACUUUGUACAUAUAUUAUCCCACUGAUGUGAAGAUGAGACCAUUCCUGGAUUUGAACUUCUGCUGUAUUUCCAAACAUCUUCCAACAUGAUUAGCAAACGCAUUAAAG